AUGGGGCUUUCAUUUGUGGUUUUCCUGAUCACUGGCUGGGCUGCAUUCAGUGGGAGUCUGGCCAUUAGAAGUGUGAUCAUCCCCAAGGAAAGCAGUACCAGCUAUGUGGAGAUGAUCCCUCAGAAAUCCCCCUUCACCCUCGGGGCUUUCACACUCUGCAUGCGCGUGGCCACAGAGCUCACAGGAGCCAGAGAAAUCAUCCUGUUUGCAUAUCGAACCCAAUACUUCGAUGAGCUGAACCUUUGGCGAGAGAAGGACGGAAGGCUAUCCCUCUACCUGAGUACAGAUCCAGUGUUCUUCCAAGUCCCCGAAUUUGGCCCCCUGCAGAAUCACCUGUGCUUGACCUGGAAUUCCCAGUCUGGGGCAGCAGCCAUCUUCAUAAAUGGCAGAAAGAGUCUGACCAAAAUCUAUCAGAAGGGUCACACUGUCCGCGCAGGAGGAAGGAUUAUAUUGGGCCAAGAUCCUGAUACAUUUCUGGGUGGUUUUGAGGCACACCAGAGUUUUGUCGGAGACAUUUCUGAUGUGAACAUGUGGGACUCUGUCCUGUCAGAUACAAUGAUCCAGAAUCUGUUUAAUGGGAGAAGGGAACAGGUACCAAAUGUGCUUAACUGGGAAACUGUAGAACUUAGACAAGAGGGGGAGGUGCAGGUUAUCAACGUUGAUCCGUAGGUGGAUUAUUCUUACCUACAAAAAAUAUUCAAUAUGAAACAACCU